UCCUAGAUUGAUUGAUUCGCCUUGUGUUUUCUCAAACACAACAAACAAUAAGCGAAAGCAAAGGAAGGAAAGAAAAUAAACAGAAGCGGCAUGGCGGCUGUGGCUUCUGAGAGAGGAGGGGGCGGGGGAAAAGCUAGGGUUUCGCAGUCGAUCCCUGACAAUAUGAUAAAGACGAUCCAGAACAUCAGGGAGAUCACAGGCAAGCAGCACAGCGACGACGAAAUCUUCGUCGUGCUCAACGAGUGCUCCAUGGAUCCCGACGAGACCGCCCAGAAGCUCCUCUAUCUGGAUACUUUCCAUGAGGUGAAAAGUAGACGAGACCGAAGGAAGGAGAGUUUGAGCAGUGGAAAAUCUGAAGGUUCUAGGUUCAUGCAGGGUCGAUUGGCUAGGGGUGGUCAAGAUUAUGGUGGCGGGAGGAAUAUGGCUGCUAGAAGGGAAAAUGGUAUCAAUCACAUCACAGAGAGGGGAGGCUCCCUCCGAGUUGCUCAGAAAACAAAAAACAAUGCUGCUCCUUUCCUGAAAAAAGCUUCAGCUGUCAUGCCAAAUGGCCCCACAAGUCUGUCGAAUGGUAGUCUGACUCAUGUUCCUUCCUCCCAAUCAUCUGUGGGUGGUCAUGUCCCUAAAGGUAGUUCAGCUGUCCUUGCUGCCUUUCCUCCCACUGGCUGUGCAGUUAAGCAAGGAAACUCCACAUCAGGUUCUGAUCAACUGUCUCCUUCUGCUGCUCCAGCAACUGUGUCUGGUGCUUAUUUUUCUGUUUCGGAUCCGGUUCUGAUGCCAACUGUAUCCCAACAACCUGGUGCUGUGGUUACAAAUAAACAUGUAGGAAACAAACAUGUUUCCCAAGAUGUUAGUGACUUGGAGUUGUCCAAGAAUGUAAAAGCAGCCUCAAAAACUGUGAGCUCCAUGCACAAAAAAGGGGCCCCAAGCAAGUCCCAGGCGGUUCAAAAGAAUAAGGCGUCUGAUCCUUCACAAUCCUCUUCUACAGUUUCUGAUGGUUCUUCAGCCAUUAGGUCUUCUUCAGAUUAUGCUAAUCAGUCACCGGAAGAGUCUGUUGUCCCUAAAGAAGUGAUCGCAUCUGAGGUUGCACCUACUACAGUUGAAGCUGUAUCUCAAUCAGCAGCUGAGUUGAAUGUUAAUAAUGACAAGCAACUUGUUACUUUUCCAAAUCAUUUCCAGGUCUCUGAAACUCUGAAAAGAGGAUUGACCUUUGGAAGCUUUGAUUCUAAUAUUGAAUUAAGUAUGAAAUCUGUCGGUGGCACUGGUGGCAACAAUAGCACUUUAUCUGCUGUUGAGUCUUCUCAGGAGAGUGAUGAAACUGCUAAAGAACCUUCUAGCAACCAAGUUGUAUCCGUAGAUGCACGAGAAGAUUUUCUUGAUCAUCCAGAAUCUCUGUCCGAGCCUGUACUCGAAAAUGUACCUCCUUCAGAAGGCACUGUUUCAUCUAAUGCAGACUCAAAAGAUGACCAGAUGAAGCAGGAAAUAUUAUUGCCUCCAGAAGGUUCCCCAAACACAACUGUUCAAAAUGCUCCAAACUACAAUUUUGGUUUAGUGUCAACCAUGCUAGGGAGCCAACUUGUACACUUUGAAGGAUCUGAAUCUCAGGCACAGGAAACAUCUCGCUUUUCAAACUUUGUUAGUGGGAAUUCUCCAGCUCUUUCUAGCCGUAGUCCAACUCCACCUAUUCAGAGCUCUGUGCCUCCACAGUCGGUUCCUCUUUUGAGGCAGCCUUAUCCUCUCAUCCCAUAUGGCCACUAUUACCAUCCAUUCUAUAUACCACAAAUGCAUCAGUAUUUAGGCCACAAUGGGUUUCCCCAGCAGCCUUCUCCUGGGAAUGUGUAUCUAACACCAGCAUCUCUAGCUGCUGCUGGGGUUAAAUCAUCUCUGCCUCAAUUGAAGCCCGGGGCAAAUGCAGGAAAUCCAAAUCAUAUUGGACUUCCAUUUGGUGGUUCAUUCAUAGCUCCCCCUGUUGGUUAUAGUCCUGUUUCAGCGGUGACCUCUGGAAGCUCUACUGGUAUUGAGGAUCUUGCAACAUCUCAGUUGAAGGAAAAUCAUAUCUACACGACUGGACAACUGAAUGAAGGUCCAGCUGUCUGGAUUCCAAGCCAAGAAAUGUCCAGCUUGCGACUCAAUUCUUUGUACAACUUACCCCCUCAUGGACAGCAUGUGGCUUUCCCACCCGCUCAGGCUGGUCAUAGUGCCUUUUCUGGAAUCUACUCAGGCCAGCCGCUGGCUGCUUCUUCUCCAAUGCUGCAACACUCACAGGCCAUGGCUGGAGCUGUCGAAACAGUUGCGCCUCCAUCUGGUGUUUUCCAGCAGCCUCAACAUGCACAGAUGAAUUGGAUUAGUAAUUUUUGAUCUAGCAUUAGGCUACAUUGUAGAAUUAGAUGAUCAUUGUGGUCCGUGGAUCAAGUCUUGGGGAGCAUGAAAAACUAGCCAGAGUGUAAAUAUGACAUGCAGAGCAUUUUGUGGGGGGAGAAAGGUCGAGGCGUUUUUGAGUUAGUUUUUUCCUCAUCCAUUUUCUAGUCUUUUAUUUUUGCUAGUGAGCAUUAGUUGUUUUAUUAGACUUGGUAAUUUCUUAAAGAUGUUAUAGGGAACGAAGAGGUCAAUAGAAUAGGUGGGCUUUACCAAUUUUUCCUUUCUCUUGUCUCACCUGUAUAUUACAUUUUGGUCGAGCAUGAAACCUUGGACUAUACAACUGUAAUUGGUAUAUGAGAACUGGCACUUCUAUUUUGUUUUAA